AAGCUGAAAAGUUUUAUUGUUUUAGUUCGUUUGCAGACAGCCGGCAUCACAUCGAACGAGAUUCCCGUUAAUUUACUCUAUGGCAUCAUCAUCCUGUUCGGACCUAAAACAAAAUAAUGAGUAGGAUUGUCGAGUGCAUCAAAUGUUUAUGCGGUUGCAACGAACUAUCUAAAGAGCGCAUCAAAGAAUUACUCUGUAAAAAAAUCCAUGCUUUUCUCAAUGACAAAGAAGCAGUGGAUAUGUUUCAGAAGUUCAUCCCAAGUGAUUCAAAUACACACAAGCACAUAGCCAUUAUCAAACAAGCUAGGCUGUACCAGCAAGUAGAAAUAGAUAAGAGCUCCGAUGAAUGGGAGGAGUUUGCAGAGGAUUUGGAGGAACAAUUUGAAGACGAACUUAAAGAAAGCUCAGAUACUAAUUCGGUUCUCGAGAAAGUCAUUUUCGAGUACAGUAAAAAAAUCGAAACAUCGAAUGACUAUUCAAACUUUUCACGAAAUUUGAAACAGAAAUAUAACAAAUUCAGAUCUGUGUAAAUAGUUCACAAACUCAUAGUAAUAGUUUUAAGAUUAUUAUUUAUACAACCUUGCCCUAUCGAUACCAAUGAUAUAGUCGCUCAUAAAUACAAUAAACAAAUUUACCAUGAGCUUCAUGAACCAGAA